AGAGGCUGAUUUUCAAAAGUCCAUGUACAAUACUCCCCCUCUUAAAAUUCUGCAUGGAAGUUUUACACAUGCAAAAAUAUACUUAUGAAAAAAGGAACUCACCAACCAUUUUUCAAUUAACAACCAAUGCUGAGCAGAAUACAGUGAUUUACUGCUUUUGGAAAGAAAAACAGUUACCUAUCUGCAGUGAAAAACCUCAGAAAAAGUAAAACAGAAACAAAACACCCUACCAAAACGGAAAACGUGAAGACAGAAUCAUUUUACACUUACACAUUCAUGCGCAUGGUGUCGCUCUUCACUGAGAACGUUUCCUCUAAGAACGCGCCUCCGCUUCCUCCUCCUGCAGAAAAUUUGGCAUAGAGUGGAAAACCUCUAGCGAAUUCUCCCACGAUAGAAGGCCGUAUAAUUGGAUCUGGAGAGUCAGUUUGAGGUAAGGUAUUCUAUAUACUUCAGAUAUUUCUGAAGCCUUUUGAGUGUACCAUGCUGUUUUCCCGGCGAGGAGGCCCAGGAACCCGACGUUUGCUGCUCUCGCUUUUGCUCCUCACAAUCUGGAAGGCGGGGAGCGGCCAGGUCCACUACGCGGUCCCGGAGGAGGCCAAGCACGGCACCUUCGUGGGCCGCAUCGCGCAGGACCUGGGGCUGGAGCUGGGGCCGCGCCUGUUCCGGGUGGCGUCCAAGGGCCGCGGGGACCUCCUGGAGGUAAAUCUGCAGAAUGGCAUUUUGUUUGUGAAUUCUCGGAUCGACCGCGAGGAGCUGUGCGGGCGGAGCGCGGAGUGCAGCAUCCACCUGGAGGUGGUGGUGGAGCGGCCGCUGCAGGUGUUCCACGUGGAGGUGGAGGUGAAGGACAUUAACGACCACCCGCCCGUCUUUCCUGAAAAUAAGAAAAGAAUAAUCAUUGCAGAAUCUAGACCUCCGGAAACUCGGUUUCCACUAGAUGGCGCUUCCGAUGCAGAUGUUGGAGUAAACUCCGCCUUGACCUACCGAAUGGAUCCCAGCGAUUAUUUCGCGCUGGACACACAACAUAACCGUCAACAAACGUCUUCGUUAUCACUUGUGUUGAGGAAACCACUGGACAGAGAGGAAAUCCAGGAACACAGGUUAUUGCUGACAGCCACUGAUGGAGGUAAACCCGAGCUGACCGGCACCGUUCAGCUGCUGAUCACAGUUCUGGAUGUGAAUGACAACGCCCCAGAAUUUGACAAAUUCAUUUACAAGGUGAAAGUUUUAGAGAACGCAUUCAAUGGAACAUUAGUGUUCAAGCUAAAUGCCACAGAUCCUGAUGAUGGGAUAAAUGGAGAUAUAAUCUACUCAUUUAGAAGGCCUGUGUCGCCUGCAGUAUUGAAUGCAUUUAUCAUAAAUCCCAACAGUGGAGAAAUUAGGACCAAAGGUAAACUGGAUUUUGAAGAAGAGAAAUUUUAUGAAAUACCCGUUGAGGCAGUUGACCAGGGGAAUAUUCCCAUGGCGGGUCAUUGUACCAUUUUGGUGGAAAUACUAGACAUAAAUGAUAACACUCCAGAAGUUGCUAUCACUUCUCUGUCACUCCCGGUGCCAGAGGAUGCUCAGGUGGGCACCGUCAUUGCCUUGGUCAGCGUGUCCGACCGUGACUCUGGCACUAACGGACAGGUGACCUGCUUAUUAACACCGCAUGUCCCCUUCAAGCUGGUGUCCACAUUCAAGAAUUACUAUUCACUGGUGCUGGACAGCGCCCUGGACCGUGAGAGCGAGUCGGACUACGCUGUAGUAGUGACCGCGCGGGACGGGGGAUCGCCUUCUCUGUCGUCCACAGCCAGCGUGUCCGUGGAGGUGGCCGACGUGAACGACAACGCGCCGCUGUUCGCGCAGCCCGAGCACACGGUGUUCGUGAAGGAGAACAACCCGCCCGGCGGCCACAUCUUCACGGUGUCGGCGCGGGACGCGGACGCGCAGGAGAACGCGCGGGUGUCCUACUCGCUGGUGGAGCGGCGGGUGGGCGAGCGCGCGCUGUCGAGCUACGUGUCGGUGCACGCGGAGAGCGGCCAGGUGUCCGCGCUGCAGCCGCUGGACCGCGAGGAGCUGGAGCUGCUGCAGUUCCAGGUGAGCGCGCGCGACGCGGGCGAGCCUCCUCUGGGCAGCACCGUGACGCUGCAGGUGUUCGUGCUGGACGAGAACGACCACGCGCCCGCGCUGCUGCCUCCGGCCCCGGGCGUGUCUGCUGGCUCUGCGAGCGCGGAGGCGGCGCUGGUGGACGUGAACGUGUACCUGAUCAUCGCCAUCUGCGCGGUGUCCAGCCUGCUGGUGCUCACCCUGUUGCUCUACACAGCGCUGCGGUGCUCCGCGCAGCCCACGGAGGGCGCGUGCGGGCCGGGGAAGCCGGUGCUGGUGUGCUCCAGCGCCGUGGGGAGCUGGUCGUACUCCCAGCAGAGGCGGCAGAGGGUGUGCUCUGGGGAGGGGCCGCCCAAGACGGACCUCAUGGCCUUCAGCCCCAGCCUACCUCCUUGUCCGAUUUCUUCAGAGGGAACAGGUGAAAAAGAAGCAGAAUUAGGACAUUUGAAAGAG